GAAAGCGGAAGCGAGCCUCCGCACGUGGGGGCGGUGCUGGUUCGAGGGCUACGGGUUCUGCCGGGUUGUGGGAGGUGCAGCGGGUGGACGCAGACAGCCGGGCAGGAGGAGCUGGAGAGACACCCCUCGGAGCAGAGGAGCGGGCGAAACGUCAUGGAGGGUGCUGGGGAGCAGCCAAGCCCGCAGCCCGGAGGCCACUGCAUCCGUGACGGCGACUUCGUGGUGCUGAAACGGGAAGAUGUUUUCAAAGCGGUGCAGGUCCAGCGGAGAAAAAAAGUAACUUUUGAGAAACAGUGGUUCUAUCUGGAUAAUGUCAUUGGCCAUAGCUAUGGAACCACAUUUGAAGUGAGCAGUGGAGGAAGUCUCCAGCCUAAGAAGAGGAAGGAAGAGCCUACUUCAGAGACUAAAGAAGCAGGUAUUGAUAAUCGAAAUAUAAUUGAUGAUGGGAAAUCUCAGAAACUUACUCAAGAUGACAUAAAAGCAUUGAAGGACAAGGGCAUUAAAGGAGAGGAAAUAGUUCAGCAGCUAAUUGAAAAUAGCACAACAUUCCGAGACAAGACAGAAUUUUCUCAAGAUAAAUAUAUUAAAAAGAAGAAAAAGAAAUACGAAGCUGUCAUUACAGUGGUGAAGCCAUCCACCCGAAUUCUUUCAGUUAUGUAUUACGCACGAGAACCUGGGAAAAUUAACCACAUGAGGUACGAUACACUCGCCCAGAUGUUGACGCUGGGGAAUAUCCACGCUGGCAAUAAAAUGAUUGUAAUGGAGACAUGUGCGGGCUUGGUGCUGGGUGCAAUGAUGGAACGAAUGGGAGGUUUUGGCUCCAUUAUUCAGCUGUAUCCUGGAGGUGGACCUGUUCGGGCGGCAACAGCAUGUUUUGGAUUUCCUAAAUCUUUCCUCAACGGUCUUUAUGAAUUCCCCCUCAACAAAGUGGACAGUCUUCUCAAUGGGACCUUUUCAUCUGAGAUGUUGUCUUCAGAGCCGAAAGACGGUGCUUCAGUUGAAGAAAGUAAUGGCAUAGUUGAGGGAAAACAGACCUCUGAACAGAAUGAAGACAGUGUGGCAGAAGCGCCCGAGAGCACGCUCCCAGAGGAACAGGAAACAAUGGAAAUUGUUCCUGAGGAUCCAGACUACAAGGAACCGAAAGAGAAAGGAAACAAAAAAGAUUAUACUCAAGAAAAGCUAAGGCGGCAGGAAGAGCAGAGGAAAAGACACAUAGAAGCCGCUGCUCUCCUGAACGAAAGAAACGCGGACGGCUUGAUUGUGGCCAGUCGCUUCCACCCCAUUCCACUGCUGCUGUCAUUGCUGGACUUCGUGGCCCCUUCCAGGCCAUUUGUAGUCUACUGUCAGUAUAAAGAGCCUCUGUUGGAGUGCUACACAAAACUGCGGGAGAGGGGUGGAGUCAUCAACCUCAGACUGUCGGAAACCUGGCUCCGAAACUACCAGGUUUUGCCAGAUCGGAGUCAUCCCAAACUGCUGAUGAGCGGAGGUGGGGGGUACCUCCUCUCAGGCUUCACUGUUGCCAUGGACAACCUCAAAGCAGACACCAGCCUCAAACCCAACACAAGCACUUUAGAUUCAGAGAAGACAGAGGAGCCAGCAGCUAAGAAACGGAAAUGCCCAGAGCCAGACUCGUAA